AAGCGCUGCACACCAGCGUGAGCGCGUAAUGGCAAUACUCUCGCAGAGGCCUGAGAAAAACUCAGGUGCGGGCUGGUCGUGGGAUACUUCUAUCGGGUCUCAUCCUACCCUUCUGGACAUUCCAAUCUGCCCAUCAACCCUCAGGCAAUCUUUCCCUUGUCCACCAAAGUAUGUCAACCAUAGUGCAGACGCAGUUCUCUCCCUCCGCAAAGAACCCCCUGUGCUUUGCGCAGUCGUCCUCGGACGCUUCAUCCCUCCAUGGCAGUAUCUCUAGCCUGCCGAAUGAGCUCCUAGCCUAUAUCUUCUGGAACAUCGAGGACUACAGACUCCCCUAUGAGCGACAGCCCCCUCUACAAUGGCUCGUAUUAGCCCGAGUCUGUCGACGGUGGCGGGACAUCAUUGACACGUUCUUGUACCGCAAUCUGAUCCUGCGGGGCCGGGAUGAGUGCCGCCAUACCCAGCUACUCGCGGCCUUCCAUGAUCGGCAACAUCUUCGCGACUAUCCGCGAACGCUGAAUCUGACCCUCGAGGGGGACACCUUCUCUCGAGACAUCGCCGAGAUCGUGGAUCUCUUGACCUCGGUCCGCGAAAUAUCAGUCCAGGCCGACUUCGACGAGCCGCACCGUCCUCUCCUCGAGAUCAUCACCAACAUGGACCCGGAGAAGCUCUUCCUCCGCGGGUUCGCAUUCGGCCCGUCCGUGAACAUGCUCUUCGAGGUCUUUCGGGACAUGCCGUCCCUGCGAGAACUGCACCUCACCCGGUGGGGCUGGAGCCGCGAGAGAAAGCUACACACGGGCUACACCCAAAAUGACAACCUCCUGGUCGGAUCGGACGACCUGCGCCAGGCCCUGCCGAUGGAAAGACGACGAACGGCUGCCUUCACGGUGCUCAACCUCCAGGAACCGAACACCUCCGCGAGGGUCACAGAGUGCCUCCUUUACUGGCCUGCUCGAUUGGAGGAACUGAGCAUGAAGUUUUUGUGCCACUCCCACUACGCCGUCGACUACCAGACGCACAGCCUGCAGAAUCUCCUCUCCAUCCACCAGCAAACCCUGAGAAAGAUCACCAUCGGUGUCAUCCCCCAGAGUCAGGGUGGGAUCCCGGACUUCUCGGGUUUCCCGUGCCUGGAGGAACUGAAUGUCUCGGCCUACUCGAUCCUCCAUGAUGCAGAGGAGACACCAUGGACGGCGUACCGCAAGUUAGCGACUCCGUCGCUGCGUCGCUUGGAGAUCGACUUCAGCACCGAGGAGCAGCAUUGCGAGUCCUGGACGGACUAUUUCGAGGACCAACUGGACUGGACCGAGGAUUUCCUCGAGAUCGUUGCCCCCGGCUUGCACACGUCGCCGCCGGAGACUCGCCUGCGGAACGUCCACAUCAAUUUCAACCCCAAGAUGCCCUGGCGUCCGAUGCAGCUGAUCUGGCCGUGGCACUGGCUGAUCGAGGCGACGAAAGUAGCGACCCCGUUGGGGAUCUCGCUGACUUAUAGUACGCCGGGGUGGACGAUGGAAGAUUACGAGCAGACGCAGGAGCGAAUGCGGCGGUUCAACAUGAUGAUGGGGUCUUAAGGGGGGUUGAUAUCGACGGAUAGCAAUGGCACGAGUCUUAUGAUGAGUAGUUUGACAUGUUUUCGCGUUUUGUUUUCAGGUUUCUUUUUGUUCGUUUGGUCCGGUUCACAGGGUAUGUCUUGCAGUUAGGUCUCCUUUGGUUUUCUUUUAUCUUGCUUAAUUUUAUUCAUGCAUUCCAAUUCCGUCCAUCUUCUGGAAGAAUUCCGGAAC